GGAGAAGACUGCUUCUGCUUGGCCACUGUUUGUAGCAAGCACAUCACCUCCUAGUGUCGUCGUUUUUCCGGUAUCGUCUACCGCUCAGCCAUCAUGUCGUCCAGAACAUUUUUCGUAGGAGGAAACUGGAAGAUGAACGGUGACAAGAAGAGCCUGGGCGACCUUAUAACGACCCUGAACACUGCGAGCCUCAACGAUGAAACCGGUAACCGGCAUUCGAUUUUUGUCUCUCAAAAUAUAUUCAGUCUUAAAUGUGCCCUAAUACGUUGUUGACAUUACAUUCUUAUUGAUACCAAUGUUCAUGUUAACAUGAAACUAGUAAAUGUGAAGGUGUUUUUAGCACUAAACAGAUGAAUGAUGCAGAUGAUUGCGUCAAACGACACAAAACAACACCAUGACGUUGAAGUAAUCUUUUGACCGUUAUGCGGAAUCCUUGGGACGGCCCUACCCUUGACCUAACCUUAACCCUUACCCUAACCAGUGGCGAUUUUUAGCAUGUAAAUCUUGGUGGGGCAAAAAAUAAACAUAUGUGGGAUGCAUGCCAGCAAAGCCACUACACAACACUAAACAAUACAUUAAUUGCACUAUAACGGUGACAAACGGUGCCCACAAACUGUUAGGGCCUACAUGUGGUCCUCUGUAGCUCAGCUGGUAGAGCACGGCGCUUGUAACGCCAAGGUAGUGGGUUCGAUCCCCGGGACCACCCAUACACAAAAAAAAAAAAUGUAUGCACGCAUGACUGUAAGUCGCUUUGGAUAAAAGCGUCUGCUAAAUGGCAUAUUAUUAUUAUUAUUAUUACAUAAAGCUGUCCCAACAGCAGUCUCAACACCUUACCACUGCUACACCUGGCUAUCAGCGGAGCCUUGUCUGAUAGCGAAACAGUUCAUUCAGCCUAAUUUACUGCCUUAAAAAAAAACAUAGCUGAUAUGGCUGACUUGCUUAAACAAAUGUGGCUUCAACUGAAAAUUGAGAUGUACAAACUAUGGCAUAAGGAGAUGACAAGCGGAUAAGAGGCAAUUAAUGAGCGAGCUAGGACGGACGUAGUCAAUAUAACUAUUUGUUCAGCACUUUUGAAAUGUACAUCGACAGAAUUCAGAACAUGGGCCGUUCUUACAGCGUUCUCCCUGUACACCAAGUCAGAACCGUAGGAUAAAUAAAGGGGGCAUUUAAGCAGACAAUGAAACCUCUUAAAAUAUUCGAUGAUUACAUUUCUCUAAAACAGGUUAUAGGCUCCAUGUGCACCACCAAGUCAGAACAGUAGGCUCACUUGAACAGGAUGGUGGCACGGCGGUCCAUCGUGGGCACAUUUUGUCAUCAAAGUCUGGCAUUCUCUGGAUUUAUUUUGCUUUCAAGACAACUGGGAACUCUGAAAAAAAAAAAACAAGGUUGAAUCAUGAUGACGUCAGUGAUCUUCAGGUCGUAGCUCUAGAAAGAGUCCUGAGUUCCGGAUUUACAAUUCUGAGUUGGAUGACCGUUCAAAAUGUAUUUUCCCAGUCGGAGCUAAUUUUUCCCCGAGUUCCCAGUUGUCUUGAACUCUCACUGAAGUCAGAUUUCGCAGUUCCGAGUUAACAGUUGUUUUCAGUGCGGCACAAAUCAUGCUUCAUUGACAGCAUGGCCAAUGUUGAAUGUUUAUCAUUUUAAACUUGGAAAAGAGACCCUUAAUCCCAGACAUGGGACCAUACAGCCACUCCACUGAAUAGCAGGCUAGUGGUUGCUUUGCAAUGUUUGCAGUUAGCCACGGAUUCCUUCCAAACCACUCAUUGUUGAAUUUGCGAUUUCCAACUUGUUGUGUAAUGUUUAUGUCCAAUGGCCGAUGAGCACCGAUAUGUUUUAUCUAUAAUUUCUCUUCAUUAUUUCUCUUCGUAUGACAAGGAUUAAAAAGGAUUUGCCAGUAGAUUGUCGACUUGAUUCAUGAUGAUGACUGCUAGCUAAGAUUUUGAAAGUAUGAUGUUGACAUGAUCAGUCCAAUCAAAGUUACUGUAGAUAUAAUGUGAUUUUACAUAAUUUUAUCUGUGGCCAAUGACCUUGAGGCUUUUUGGAUGGGCACUUCUAAUGUAACUCUAUGGCAGCACCCAAGGGGCUUGAAUUUUCGACCUCUACCAUUAGACUUCGCGGUGACGUAGUGUCCCCCCAUGAGUGACAGAACACUGAGCCAAUCACGUCGCAACUAGAGAACAUUACCAACCCCUACGCUCCGUAUUUUCCGCUGGCUGCCCCACCACCACCACAGAAAGCACUGAGCUAGGCUGAAACACCUGCAUUUUGGAGCUGCCUUACUAAAUAAAGCAAAAAAGAGGCUGUGUUUGUAUGUGGCUUUAUUAUGUAUUUUUUUGUAUUUUUUUACAUUGUUUGCAAACUGAUAUGUGACACGUAUUAAUGCCAAAAUAACAUGCAAAACAGGCAAAGAAUUGUGGGGCUAAAAAUGUGGGGCUUUGCCCCACCUGCCCUAAAUGACCUAACCCUACAUUUAAUCCUUACCUCAACUAUUUUACAUUUGAACUUCAAUGGGGUAGGGUCGUCCCAAGGAUUCUGGAUAGCACGGACCGGGGCUGUUAGCCUAAUGAGAGCUAUGCUCAUUGGACUGAGCAUAGUUUCCCUUAACAUCAGCGUGCAUUGAUAAGACCUGGGGAUUAAAUUCCCAAUAAUAAGCCGCCUUGUCCGCAAUGCCUUGGGAGUGACUGGCUAAACACAGGUCCUGAGUCAGCUUUCCCACUGUCUUAAUCCACUAUCACUUACAAACAAACCUUAUGCUGGGCCAGUGCUUAUGGGAUAGGCUAUUACCACAGAUAAAAGGGGAAGCCUCACAGUGCAUAUCCACAAAUAACAUGUUGAGGACGAUGAAACAACGGAGCCCCAUUCAUUUUCAAUGGAGUGAAGCUGAACUUUAUGCAAAUACUCUGCGAAAUCGCGACGCUUUUGACCUCACUAUAGCUUCCAGCCCCAAUUGGAUUGGCUGUUGAUACCUAGCACUACCUAGCUUGCUAGCACCCACAUGAGGAUGAAGCUACAGUGGCUAUCUGAUUUAAUGUGAUAUGUGCCAAUCCCCUCUUACAGUGCCUCUUAACUGAAGACUAUGUGGGAGAAACUACAGAAAGCCAUUCAUUUCCAAUGGAAGAGAAGAGAAGAGAAGCGAAGUGGGCGGGGGACUGUUAGGCGACGUGAACAGGGCGGGACCAAAGUUGGGCAAAGCCAGAGGGUAAGAGGCGAAGUGAGAGGGUUUACUCUGCCCAAAAUCUGUCCAUGAAAAUAAGGCCACAAAGUGAGUAAUUUGAUCAAUAAAUAAUGUAAUAGCUAAUUUGCUACGUGAGGCUUAUUUGAUUGAAUAGAAGUUUCGUAAUGGUUAGGUUGCACUGAUAUAAGUGGACACACGUGGCAUUUCGGCAUCUUUGAAAACAACUUUGUUUCGUAGUUGUGCCUGUUGGUCACACGUAUCCAGAGCGACUCACAGUUAGUGAGUGAAUUGAACCCACAACCCUGGCGUUGCAAGCGCCAUGCUCUACCAACUGAGCUACAGGAGGCCUAGUAUCUACCCUCUCAUUGGCUAGAAUGGUCCCACCUGAUCUCACCUCCUCCCGCCUGCCUUCCAUACUUGAGGACAUGUAUUUCCAUUGACUAUCUUAUCAAUAUAAUAGAUCAUCUUUGGGAAAGCUGAGCUUUAUGCAAAUACUCUGCGACAUUGCGGUGCGCUGGACCAAUCAAAGCUCACUAUAACUUCCAGCCCCUACUGGAUUGGCUGUUAAUACAGAGCACUAUUUAGCUUCCUUGCUAGCACUCACACAAGGGCAGAGUACAAGUGCUAGUUAAAACGUACUGUAAGUUCUAUAAUCUUUGCUAUCACUGUGCACAUCUGUCACCUCUCUGUAAAGUUCCUUUGUUGGGUAACAGCAUCCAUGAGGGUUUCCCACAGUGUAGUAAAGCUGGGAAUAGCUCUCGAGAACCCAAGGGGGGUUUGUAUACCCAGCCCUUGAGUUCUCAAUUGAACAUAUGGCCCACAGCUUAAUGAAUAAACUACAAUCCCGACGCUCUGUUUUAACAUUUUAAAAACGUUAUUAAUCCUCUCUAGCAAUAGUUUUGGAAACCUUUGGAACUUAACUUUCAUAUAAGCGAGAAAUAAUAUUUCAAAUACAAAAUAUACACUUACUGUGCUCAGUUUAGCAAAGUGCACCCAGCUAGAUUCACACACUGUUGGCUAAGACACAUCCUCUCACCUUGCGCUCGUGUUUUCAUUAGGCUAUUCCAUUCCACAUUUCCGGCUGGAUCGCAUGUGUUUCUCAAAAACAGCUGGGUACAACUUUCCUAAUCUUUUGUAUACUGAACAAAAAAAUAUAAACGCAACAAUUUCAACGAUUUUACUGAGUUACAGUUCAUAUAAGGAAAUCAGUAAAUUGAAAUACAUUCAUUAGGCCCUAAUCUAUGGAUUUCACAUGACUGGGCAGGGGUGCAGCCAUGGGUGGGCCUGGGAGGGCAUAGGUCCACCCACUUGGGAGCCAGGCCCACCCACUGGGAAGCUAGGCCCAGCCAAUCAGAAUGAGUUUUUCCCCACAAAAGGGAAAAACAGACAAAUAUUCCUCAGUUUCAUCAGUUGUCCGGGUGGCUGGUCUCAGAAGAUCCCGCAGGUGAAGAAGCCGGAUGUGGAGGUCUUGGGCUGGCGUGGUUACACGUGGUUUGCGGUUGUGCAGUCGGUUGGACGUACUGCCAAAUUCUCCAAAACGAUAUGGUAGAGAAAUUAACAUUCAAUUCUCUGGCAACAGUUCUGGUGGACAUUCCUGGAGUCAGCAUGCCAAUAGGUGCUCCCACAAAAUUUAGACAUCUGUGGCAUUGUGUUGUGUGACAAAACUGCACAUUUAAGAGUGGCCUUUUAUUUUCCCCAACACAAGGUGCACCUGUGUAAUGAUCAUGCUGUUUAAUCAGCUUCUUGAUAUGCCACACGUGUCAUGUGAAUGGAUUAUCUUGGCAAAGGAGAAAUGCUCACUAACAGGGAUGUAAACAAAUGAGUGCACAAUCUGAAAGAAUACGCUUUUUGUGCCUAUGGAACAUUUCGGGGAUAUUUUAUUUAAGCUAAUGAAACAUGGGACCAAAACUUUACAUGUUGCGUUUAUAUUUUUGUUCAAUCUAAACAAUACCUUAAAUAGAACUGAGAAUUCAUGUUCUCAAAUAUGUGCAGUAGAUACAGUGGGGAGAACAAGUAUUUGAUACACUGCCGAUUUUGCAGGUUUUCCUACUUACAAAGCAUGUAAAAAUCCAGAAAAUCACAUUGUAUGAUUUUUAAGUAAUUCAUUUGCAUUUUAUUGCAUGACAUAAGUAUUUGAUACAUCAGAAAAGCAGAACUUAAUAUUUGGUACAGAAACCUUUGUUUGCAAUUACAGAGAUCAUACGUUUCCUGUAGGUCUUGACCAGGUUUGCACACACUGCAGCAGGGAUUUUGGCCCACUCCUCCAUACAGACCUUCUCCAGAUCCUUCAGGUUUCGGGGCUGUCGCUGGGCAAUACGGACUUUCAGCUCCCUCCAAAGAUUUUCUAUUGGGUUCAGGUCUGGAGACUGGCUAGGCCACUCCAGGACCUUGAGAUGCUUCUUACGGAGCCACUCCUUAGUUGCCCUGGCUGUGUGUUUCGGGUCGUUGUCAUGCUGGAAGACCCAGCCACGACCCAUCUUCAAUGCCUUUACUGAGGGAAGGAGGUUGUUGGCCAAGAUCUCGCGAUACAUGGCCCCAUCCAUCCUCCCCUCAAUACGGUGCAGUCGUCCUGUCCCCUUUGCAGAAAAGAAUCCCCAAAGAAUGAUGUUUCCACCUCCAUGCUUCACGGUUGGGAUGGUGUUCUUGGGGUUGUACUCAUCCUUCUUCUUCCUCCAAACACGGCGAGUGGAGUUUAGACCAAAAAGCUAUAUUUUUGUCUCAUCAGACCACAUUACCUUCUCCCAUUCCUCCUCUGGAUCAUCCAGAUGGUCAUUGGCAAACUUCAGACGGGCCUGGACAUGCGCUGGCUUGAGCAGGGGGACCUUGCGUGCGCUGCAGGAUUUUAAUCCAUGACGGCGUAGUGUGUUACUAAUGGUUUUCUUUGAGACUGUGGUCCCAGCUCUCUUCAGGUCAUUGACCAGGUCCUGCCGUGUAGUUCUGGGCUGAUCCCUCACCUUCCUCAUGAUCAUUGAUGCCCCACGAGGUGAGAUCUUGCAUGGAGCCCCAGACCGAGGGUGAUUGACCGUCAUCUUGAACUUCUUCCAUUUUCUAAUAAUUGCGCCAACAGUUGUUGCCUUCUCACCAAGCUGCUUGCCUAUUGUCCUGUAGCCCAUCCCAGCCUUGUGCAGGUCUACAAUUUUAUCCCUGAUGUCCUUACACAGCUAUCUGGUCUUGGCCAUUGUAGAGAGGUUGGAGUCUGUUUGAUUGAGUGUGUGGACAGGUGUCUUUUAUACAGGUAACGAGUUCAAACAGGUGCAGCUAAUACAGGUAAUGAGUGGAGAACAGGAGGGCUUCUUAAAGAAAAACUAACAGGUCUGUGAGAACCGGAAUUCUUACUGGUUGGUAGGUGAUCAAAUACUUAUGUCAUGCAAUAAAAUGCAAAUUAAUUACUUAAAUUUUUUUUAUUUUUUAUUUUUUAAAGUUACAAAUGUUUCCAAAACUGUAUCACGUGUGAGGCGUAUUUGCAUUUAGACAGAGCAUUUGGGCAGCGUCGGGCCAUUCCCCUCUCAAGGCUAAAGGGGACGUCCAAUGGCUUAAUGUAAUGCAAUGGAAUUUCAGUCAUAAGGGUAAGGCUGGGAAUUGCCAGGGAACUCACGAUACCAUAUUCUCACGAUAUACCGGAAUUUUGGCGCAGGUACAGCCGACUAGCGCUAGCUAAUGCUACCUAGCAAAACAUGUUUGUUUUUUUGUUGUACAAAUCGAUACUUUGAGUCAGUAUCGAUAAAAUAUUGCGAUAUGUAACCGUAACGAUUCCACCCCCUCCCCCAUCACUACAGUGCAGGCCAUGGAUCUAAGUCAUUGAGCACAUGUACUCCAUUCCCAAAGUAGCAAAUAAAUGAUUGCAUGUUUUGUUUGUGAUUCAUGUGUUAAUGAUGAAGUUUUAUGAAUUACGACACAAAGGAAAACGUAAAAAAAAAAAAUUCAACAGAAAACUAAAAUGAGCAUUUCUUAAAGGAUAGGUCCAGAUAGUCCCUCCAUGUUUCAGUCCAUGUUCCUCCAUUUACUCCGACCUUUGAAGCCAUGUGACCAACCUUCAACCAUCCACUGACCUCAGCAGUUGCAAGGAUGUUCUUCUGCUGUUCUCCUAAAGGCAUCAGCAUUCGGCUACGCGAACCGAAUGAGUGCGCUCGCAUACUCCCUUAAAAUACCUUUUCUUGAAAAAUUAGAAAAAGUGGCAAUAGUACUGUGUCCAUCUUGAGACGCUGUAGACAGUAUACACUUUCUCAAAAUAGCCAGAAUUAAUCUAAGAUAACUCAAGAAAUCUGUCAUAAUUGUUUUUGAUGAGGAGAGCUUAGUAUCUCAAUUUUACACACAUCUAACUAAGAUGUAGGGCUGUCCCCGACGAAAAUAAAAUAAAAAUAAUAUAUAUAUAUAUAUAUAUAUAUAAAUUGGUCGACCAAUUGAUUGGUUGAAAUUUUAAAAAGUGUAUUUUUCCAUAUAGACACACCUUUAUAUUUGAAUAAUAAUAUAAUAUGCCAUUUAACAGACGCUUUUAUCCAAAGCGACUUACAGUCAUGUGUGCAUACAUAUUUACGUAUGGGUGGUCCCGGGGAUCGAACCCACUACCCUUGCGUUACAAGCGCCAUGCUCUACCAAUUGAGCUACAGAGGACCACCAAUAAAAUCAACUAUAUGUAGGCUACUUUGCCUGAUGCUUUAAGCGCUGCAAUUAACAAUGAAGACACACAAAUUACUAAAGAGGGAGCCAGAGAUCAAUAUAGCCUAACCAGAAUAAAUGAACCUGUUCCCGACCCCCUUCCUCCCGCUGCUGCUGGCCUUCGCAGAUUCUGCAAUUAUGCUCCUGAAGUUACCGGUAAUGGGCUACACCAGUGGUCGGAAAACUUUUCCAUUUGUAGUGCCAAGUUAUCGUACCAUUUCUACUGAUCUGUGUGCCAGUUAUGAUUUUCAUAUGCACAAGUCUUCAUAUCUCAAAAUCAAUGUCAUGUGGCUAAUCAAAAUUCUAUCUAAAUGAAAAUGAUACAAAUCUAAAAGUAACUUCUAUUCCUAUUGCCAAUAUGUAAAAAAAAUUAUCCUGUAAAUCACAUUGGCUAUGCAUGGCCUGUUUGCAAGGAACUUGAAACAUUGUAUCAACUAUUAACUUGGGUCUGGCCAGAAAAACUUGCAACAUUGUAUAAAAUAUUCUUGGCCCUCAAAGUUUCCAAGCCAGUGAGCUCAGGACAGACUCCGGACAGACACACAGCUGUAGGCUAUUUGUGAAGUAAUCCGGUAGGCCUUUUUAUGACGUUUCCACCAGAUCAGAGGUAUAUUUGCCACUGCUCUACUAAAAUAUCGGCCGACCAACAGCCUAUCGACCAGUCGACUAAAUGGCGUCAGCCCUACUAAGAUGUUUGGUGCAGUAUUUCUCAAGUCGAAAAAUGUGCAUGAAAACGAGUCGUCUCUCAUUGAAUGACAACAAACACUUCAUUGAAGAAUCCCUACUGUUGACCAAUCAUUGACGAAGGGGUGUAAUCUUCGGCUGCUGACUUCGGCUUGCCUCGAGGAAAAAAUGUAGUGUGCACGAACAACAUAAAUAACCCUUGCCGAAGACCUAAAUGUCCGCCUAAUAUAUGCACAAACUAUUCCGAACUGUUUCGGAUGGGAAGCAUGCGGACGCCUUAACUCCUCCUAUUGUCUCCCUCUCUUUUGUCUCCUCUCUCUCUCUCUCUCUCUCUCCUUUUUCCUCUCCCUCUCCACCUCCCUCUCUCUUACACAAUCACACAGAGGUGGUGUGUGGUGCUCCCACUGUCUACCUUGACUUUGCCCGCUCUAACCUGGAUGCCAGGAUCGGCGUGGCCGCACAGAACUGCUACAAAGUCGCCAAGGGGGCCUUCACUGGCGAGAUCAGGUAAGGCUCCACUCUAGCAUAUGACGACACGUCUUCCACCUUGAGACGGAAUCUGUGAAAAAACGUGUUCAAGAUGGCCUCCUUAUUGGCGCCAGCGGGAGCGUAAAAUAUUUUUGGGAGCUCCGAUUUUUCUGGAAAUUCUCAUUUAGAAACAUAAUUGGGAAAAUGGAUGUUUAACAUGCUUUUUACAUUUGUAUCACAAACCAUUUCUGAGAAAACCAUGAUGAAAUUGGCAAUUUGAAGCCCUUUUUAGACCUAUGCUUCCUGUAAGUCCCUAUGAUCUGUGAACUGUACAUGAUACAGACAUCUUGGUGUCGUCGUAUUCUUUAUAGUGUUCUCAAAUAUGGAGCAUGUCUAGUUUCUGAAAUACACAUUAUCACAUUAAUUUAUUCCACAUUAAAUAUAUCAAUAUCUCAAAACAACCCUUUUUGAUUUUAUUUAUAGACAUAUUGUUUAACAAUACUCUUCAAACACGUCAAAUUUCAGUAGUGGGCUCUCUGAACUGUUUUCCCCAGUUCUGUUAACGACGGCGAGGGCAGGUGUUUGGCAGGCGGGAGCGAAGGACACUGUGUGCUAGCUUAACCAGCUAGUCCGGUACACAGCAGGCGGGAGGCCGGGGGCGACACUGUGUGCUAGCUAGCAAGCUAGCACACGGUGUCGCCCCAGCCUCCCGCCUGCUGUGCAAGCGGUAGGCGGGGGCGGCCGGUAGACAGUGUCCUUUGCCCCCUGUCAGGCACGGUUUUCUCCAGUACACAGCAGGUUUGAAGGAACCAAUGGGAUGCUCGAGGGGGGGCAUUCCUGCCCCAAAUUGCGGGCUGCGGUUGCACACUAUUGCACCCAAGUGACUAAAAUAUUUGCGUGUACAUUGUACUUUUAUUGAGCAUGGAACAAUCCAAGUUAACUUUUAGUAAUUUCUUAUCAUAACUCUUUCUCAAAUUUUUCAUUAUACUCCUACAUGUCUUUGUGUGCUGCUAAAUGUGCUCCUUGUAAAAUAUGUCAGCGUAGAGCCCUGAAUUUUCAUGUCCCAUGUGGUAACGAUGAGUCAAAAUCCACUUAGCCUUUUAUUGUUUUCUGGCACAUUCAUUUAUUUUAUUUGGACUGUUUCAUAUAACAGUCACCUUUCACUUAUUUUUCAAGAUGAUGUGGGCUAUGAGAAGACCGGUUAAAUGUUAAAGGUUUAAUGUUAUUUUACUUAGAAAAUAGUCCUGAUCAUAUACACUGAGUGUACAAAACAUUAAGAAGACCUUUCUAAUGUUGAGUCUCCCCUUUUUGCCCUCAGAACAGCAUCAAUUUGUCGGGGCUUGAACUCUAUAAGGUGUUGAAAGCGUUCCACAGGGAUGUUGACCGGAUGUCCUUUGGUGGUGGACCAUUCUUGAUAUACACUGUUGAACUUGAAAAACCCAGCAGUGUUGCAGUUCUUGACACAAACCGGUGCCCCGUUCAAAAGCACUUAAAUAUUUUGUCUUGCCCAUUCACCCUCUGAAUGGCACAAACACAGUCAAUGUCUCAAUUGUCUCAAGGCUUAAAAAUCAUUAUUUAACCUGUCCCCUUCAUCUACACUGAUUGAAGUGGAUUUGACAUAAUUUGUUCAUCAUGUUUUGUACACUCAGUAUAGGCCUAGAACUAGACGAUAUCCAAAACAACUAACAAUACACUGAAUUCUUCAUACAUUUUCAGUCAUUUAAAUUGUAAAGUAAUGUCGUUCUACACUUAAUACCACAACAAAUUUUUACAAUCUGGGAGGUACAUUUGAUAAAGUAUUCAUAAUUUUGCUGUGUAUUCCGGAUGGAAUCAAGGCAUUAUAAAUGUACCAGAGGCCACCGAAAUAUAGGUUGUGGCCGGGGAGGCCUGGCCGGCUACAUUUCUAUUUGGCUGGCUAUCCAGGUACUUGUGGAAAACACUGAUCACAGCCCUCCUUUAGGAUUGCACAUUCAGCAAAUCACCAGCAGAGGGAGUUCCCUUUGAAUCCAUUUUCCCAUUCACUGAGUUGGGGGGACUCAUACCUUCAGAAUUAGCAGAGAGCCCAAUCUGGAAGUUUGUGAUACAAAUGUAAAAAGGAUUUUAAACAUCCUUCCUCCCAAUGAAGUUUCUAUGUGAGAAUUGCCAGAACAAUCUGACAUACUAAAAAUAUUUUCUGCUUCCGCUGGAGUGGAAUCUCCCUAUUUCUAUUUUCAAUUAAAUCUACUAUUUAGUGGAUGUAUUGAUAAUCCCUCCCUCUUUCUUUCUCUCUUCCUCAGCCCUGUGAUGAUCAAGGACUGUGGCGUGGAGUGGGUGAUUCUGGGCCACUCGGAGAGGCGCCACGUGUUCGGGGAGAGCGACGAGCUGAUUGGUCAGAAGGUGGCCCAUGCCCUGGAGAGUGGCCUGGGGGUGAUCGCCUGCAUCGGAGAGAAGCUGGAGGAGAGAGAGGCUGGAACCACAGAGGAGGUGGUGUACACCCAGACCCAGGUCAUCGCAGGUAACAGCUGGGUUCAAACCCCAUGUCUGCUGUGUGUCACAGGAAUGUAUUAGUCUGCUCAUCUAAAGCUUUCUCAUCAUGCACGCGUUGAACCCUUGCAACACUAGGGUUGUGGGUUCGAUUCCCACAGGUGACCAGUAGGAAAAAGUAUGUAAAAGUAUGCACUCACUACUGUAGGUCGCUUUGAAUAAGAGCGUCUGCUAAAUGACAAAAGUGUAAACGUAUAGACCCAUUGUUUUCUCUACUGAAUAAAAAUGUCCAUGAAAUCUUAAUUGUAUAUCUUCUACCCAAUAUACCCACUUCUACCUGCUCUGUUGCACUCCUUCCAAAAUAUUUUAAACAUUAUUUUGGUUUAAGUUGAAAAUGUUACUAUUUUUUGUAAUAUUUUUUUGGGGACAAACAAAAACAUACAUAGACAAAAACAAUAGACAACUUAACAUUUACAUACAUUUCAACAAACAUUAACAACAUCACACUUGCUCUGAAAAUGUUAGCCUCAAAGGCCCUGGAUGUUGCCUUGGACUUUUAUGUACCUUAUUCAGGAGGUAGUCAAAGGGGUUGGAAGUAGUUCACUAAAUGGUGGUCUUGCCUGAGACCUAAAAAACUAACUCUGGGGUCUAUUCCAUUGGUCUACCUACCACAUGUUGUAUUAUACAUUUUAAGGCAAUUAGUGGUAGGCCAAACAUACCUUAUCAUUAUCUACAUACAGUGCCGUCCCUUAUCUUGAUAAAAAGUUGUUGUGUUGUAGACAACGUGAAGGACUGGAGUAAAGUGGUGCUGGCUUACGAGCCUGUGUGGGCCAUUGGUACUGGCAAGACGGCCUCACCCGAACAGGUACGACUCAUCACCAUUUCAUAACAUCACCAUUUCAUAACAAUAUUUACUUAGUUACCUACAACAACUAUGUUUUUUAAUAGUUACAAGCAGAUCUGUGAGAAAUGGAUAUUGGUUUUCUUAAUUAAAUGCAUUGAAAAAUUAUUGGAAAAGUUAGAAAGAGUUACCUAGUUGUCUGUACAUCAAAACUAUUGGGACAAAUUCACUUAUGUGUAUUAAAUGAGUCAGAAUUGUUUAGUAUUUUGUCCCAUAUUCCUAGCACACAAUGAUUGCAUCAAGCUUGUGACUCUAGAAACUUGUUGGAUGUACACUACAUGGCCAAAAGUAUGUGGAAACCAGUGGAGGCUGCUGAGCAGAGGACAGCUCAUAAUAAUGGCUGGAAUGGAGUCAAUGGAAUGGUAUCAAACACAUCAGACGUGGUUUCCAUGUGGUUGAUACCACUACAUUGACUUCAUUCCAGCCAUUAUUAUGAGCCGUCCUCCCCUCAGCAGCCUCCACUGGUGGACACCCCUUCAAAUUAGUUGAUUUGGCUAUUUCAGCCACACCCAUUGCUGACAGGUGUAUAAAAUCGAGCACACAGCCAUACAAUCUCACCAUGCGCAAUGCUAAGCGUCAGCUGUAGUGGUGUAAAGCUCGCCGCCAUUGGACUCUGGAGCAGUGGGGAUUUUUUUAAAUCGUGAAUAAUGAUGAGUGAGAAAGUUAGACGCACAAAUAUCAUACCUCCAAGACAUGCUAACCUCUCACCAUUACAAUAACAGGGGAGGUUAACAUUUCUGGGGGGGUAUGGUAUUUGUGCAUCUGUAACCUUCUCACUCAUCAUUAUUCAAGAUUCGUUCAGGACUAUCCGUAAUCAUGGUAGAAUCCACAUUAAUGUAGAAGUGUUUAGAAACAUUCUAUUCUUACUUACAAUAAAAGUGACUCCAAAAUGACACAAUACAUUAUUUACCAUUCAUUUCUAUUGGGCACAAAAUAAUCUGAAACACAACCGAAACAAACAGCAAAUGCAUCCAACACAUGUGUAGUGUCACAAGCUUAAUUUAGUCAUUGCGUGCUAUGGAUAUGGGACCAAAUACUUAACAUUUGACUACUUUAAUACACUGAAUUUGUCCCAAUACUUUUGGUCCCCUAAAACGUGGGGGAGGGGCUAUGUACAAAAAGUGCAAUAAUUUCUAAACGGUUCACCCGAUAUGGAUGAAAAUACCCUCAAAUUAAAGCUGACAGUCUGCACAUUAACCUCAUAAUUAUUAUAUCAUUUCAAAUCCAAAGUCCUGGAGUACAGAGCCAAAACAACAUGUCUGUACCAAUCGUUUUGUUGCUCACUGUAUGUUUUAAGUAAAUCUUCAACGAUAGUUCCAUUGUUUCGUUUUUCUGUAUCGUUAGAAGAAAUAGCUUAGUGGUUUGUGCUAAAUGUGGUUAUAUUAAGCACUAGUUUGUUUCUGCUGCAAGAGUGUAUUAUUAUUUAUUUAUUUUUGAUAUAUUUUUAUUUGAAGGCCCGGUGCAGUCAGAAAUGUGAUUUUCCUGUGUUUUAUAUAUAUUUUCAGAUGGAGGUUGGAAUAGAUUUGUGAAAAUUAUAAUAAUGCCCUUUUAGUGUAAGAGCUGUUUGAAAUUUCAGCCUGUUAUGGUGGGAUGGAGUUUUGGCCUUCCUGGUGACAUCACCAGGUGGUAAAUUAGGUAAUAGUGAGUUCCAAACCUCUCUGCCAAUAACAGCUAGUUUUCAGUUUUCCCCUCCCCACUCAGAUGUCUCCCAGACAGUCCUAGCUAAAUUAUUGCUUGAGAAAUUGCUCUUUGUUAAGAAGCUAUUUUUGUGUAUUUUUUAGCAUUUUAAUUAAAAACAAUCACAGUAAGGUACUUAAUUGUUACGGAGAAAUUAUUUGAUAUUGAGAUAAAAAUGGCUACAUUGGACCUUUAACCUUUAUUUAUCCAGGCUAGUCUUGUUGAUGAAAAUCUAUUUUUCAAGAGAGACCUAGUCCAAGUGUGCAUGCAUCUAUUUACUAUACAUUUGUGCGCGUGUGUGUGUGAACUUCUCUCGUCUCGCCCCAGGCCCAGGAGGUGCAUGAGAAGCUGAGGGAGUGGAUGAGGGCCAACGUCUCUGAGGCCGUGGCUGACUCCGUCCGCAUUAUCUACGGAGGUCAGUAGGGGACACACUGAACCCAGGCUGCUGAUAGCAAAGAGACAAUCCCCAGAGCCACUUUUUCUAAUGGAAAUCUAAACAAAUAUAUAUUGGGCUGAAUAGAUUUGGGGUCAAAUAAACACACAUCAAUAUUUUACUGACCAUCAAAUGGAGCUUAGAGCAUGUAUAACAUUACUUUGGUGUCUGUUAACUUAGAAGAAUAUGAAUUAGUGUUCCUAAACCUUUGAUAUAUUAUAAACCUUUGAUGAAAUUCUUGCAUAUAUAUAUAUAUAUACACACACGCUUGAGUGUUUUUACCAAAGUCCCUCCCCUCUCUUUCUCCAGGCUCCGUGACGGGGGCCAACUGCAAAGAGCUGGGCUCCCAAAACGAUGUGGACGGCUUCCUGGUGGGCGGAGCCUCCCUCAAGCCCGAAUUUGUUGACAUCAUCAACGCGCGUGCCUAGAGCGCACAAGAGCAAUCUAACCUGCUGCUAGUAGUGUCCUGUGACUGCCUCUCUUCCCAGAGUGUCUGUGUGACAAUGGCUUUACCUGUAUUUGUGUCAACAAGGGACUAUUUGACUCAUUUUGUACUGCACUGUAGUUUAGGGACCAGCCACAGUAAAAGUCCCACAUUGAUAAGACAUGUCAGUCCAGAUAAUUUCUCCAUUGGUUGAUGCAGAUGGUAUUCUGUGUGUUGAGGAAGGGACUUUUAUUAUGGAACGUCUCUUUGGAUGGCGGUUCCUAACAACUACUAUAUCAACUAUAUAUAAUCUAAAAUGUACAUUUCUGAUAUAUUAAUAAGCACUGCACUUAGUGAUGUUCCAUAUAGGAUAUGUGCUCACUCAUUACUGUAAGGGGACCAGUACUUUGUGUAUUGCUAGUGACUACAAGUUCCAUUGUCACUAGAAGCAGUCAUGCACACGCUUGGUUUAGUCCCUCUUUUCUCUUGCAUCAGACAUUGCAUCAACGGAAGCCACAAAUCUCUCCAGUUACUGCAUGACUCUAGCAGAAA